UGAGUUCAGCUGGAAAGGGUUUAUCCAAGGGGAAUCAAAGGAGGAAGGGCUUAGACAUGAGAAUGAUUGGUAAUUGCAAAAGCUUUUGCCCAUGGAGUCGCGCCAUAACAAACAUAAAUCAUUCUAGGUCAAGGCCUUUCGUCUUAUGAAUAAAGGGGCUUAGGGGAUGGGAACGAGGGUUCUAGCUUUGGGUUUAAAAUUUGGUUCAAUUUUAGGGCACCAUGGAAAAAGAGGAAAAAAGCGCAAGCUCACCCAGAAGGGGAAAAACCACAAACUAGUAAAGGUACGCAGAGGUCAGAAAACAAAAAGAUCUAAAGCAGCUAAGAAAACCCCCUCAGUUGAGACUCUGCCGUACGGGGGUAGUGAUUUUGGUGGUCCAAAAAGGCAAGGUCAAACAAAUCCUCAGCCCCAGGGUCAACCAGGGCAGAGCUUUGUUGGGCCGCAAAUGUUUCAGGCUACAGGGCAAAACCUUUUCACUCCGCAACAAAACUUGAUGAGUCCUCAAUAACUCCACACUGUUGGACAGAGCCAAGCUAGUCCUUUGCCCCAGGGUCAACCAGGGCAGAGACUAAAUGCCCCUCAACCACAGAUAGGCCAACAGAGUCAGCUAGGUCCCCGAGCACAGGAUCAAAGUUAUAACUUCCAAGGUCAGAUGGUUAACCAGCCCCAGGGUCAACCAGGGCUAGGUUAUACCAGAACCAAAAGUGUUCCAGACGCUACAGGAUGGGGAUGGCCAACAUUACCAGAUAGACAGGUGUAUCAGCCAUCUGCGACAUAUACGCCAAUGGCACAGGCAAUGGCCCCACCCCAAGCUCCAAUGGGACAAUCACUGGCCCCACAGCAUGGUUUACAUCGUAAUGAGACCCUACCAACCCAAA